AUGGAGAUUCAAAUUCCAUAUUCCAUCCUCUUCGCCUUCUUCUCGUUGCUCUUUCUGGUUCUAAUAAAGCCUUCAAGAUUGAAGAAAUCAAACAAACCCCUACCCCCAGGGCCAUGGAAGCUUCCUGUUAUAGGGAACUUACAUCAAAUGGUAGGGCCAUCACUUCCUCAUCACAUCAUGAGAGACCUUGCAAACAAAUAUGGCCCCUUGAUCCACCUUCAACUUGGACAAACCUCCAACAUCAUAAUCUCUUCCUCAGAAAUGGCCAAAGAAAUUAUGAAAACGCACGAUCAAAUCUUUGCCAACAGACCCAUUUAUUUAGCAGCCAAAAUUGUUGGCUACGAUGGUAUUGAUGUUGGCUUCGCUCCAUAUGGACAUCGUUGGAGGCAACUUCGAAAGAUUUGUACUUUGGAGCUUUUGUCUGUAAAGAGAGUCCAAUCAUUCAGAAAUAUAAGGGAAGAACAAAUAGGAUCUCUCAUGAAGUAUAUAACUGAACAUGAAGGUUCUGUUAUUAAUCUUCAUAAACAAUUUUUCCCUCUGGCAAAUUCCGUUGUUGCUCGUGCGGCCAUUGGUAAGUCCAAGAAUGUGGACGACGUUGUGUAUUUUAUGCAGAAAACAAUGGAGCUGGCUACUGGACUUGGUGUUGAAGAUCUUUUUCCUUCACUCAAAUUCCUUCCUGUCAUCACUGGUUUGAAGCGUAAGCUUGAGAAACUGCAUGAACUGGGUGAUGGGAUUUUGCAAGAAGUCAUUGCAGAACAUAGAGAAAGGAACGAUAAGAGGAGCGAGGAUGGUGAUGAUGAAGCACACCAGGAAGAUCUUGUCGAUGUUCUUCUCAGGGUCCAAAAGGAAAAUGACCUUGACAUCCACAUUUGUGACGACACCAUCAAAUCUAUUAUUCAAGACAUGUUCUUUGGGGCAACUGAAACAACAGCAACAAUUUUGGAGUGGGCAAUGGCUGAAUUGCUGAGGAAUCCAGAGACAAUGAAAGAGGCUCAAGCAGAAGUAAGGAAGGUCUUUGGAAACAAAGGAUACGUAGAAGAAACAGAAUUGCACAAGUUGAAAUACACAGAUGCUGUAAUCAAAGAAAUCUUGAGGCUUCAUCCACCUCUUCCACUACUGGUUCCAAGGGAAAAUUUUGAAACAUGGGAAAUCAAUGGUUACAAGAUCCCUUCCAACUCUAGGAUUAUUGUCAAUGCUUGGGCACUCGGAAGAGAUCCCAAGUAUUGGAACGAGGUAGAGAAGUUUCAACCACAAAGAUUCCUUGAUCCCUCAACGGACUACAAUUUUAAGGGUACGAACCAUCAGUAUAUUCCAUUUGGGUCAGGAAGAAGGAUAUGUCCUGGAUCUUCAUUUGGUUAUGCUGUUAUCGAUUUGGCUAUCGCCAAAUUGCUUUACCAUUUUGAUUGGAAGCUUCCUGAUGGGAUGAAGCCUGAGGAUUUGGACAUGGAGGAAACUUUUGGUAACACUGCCUCUAGGAAAAACCAUCUAUGUGUGGUUCCCACAGUCGUCUAUCACCCUUAGUUAUAUAUUUAGUGUUAUUGUGAUACCGCUUGAAAGAUAAUAAGGGAUGUUUAAUUUUCAGAAUAAAAUAGUGCUUUAUGUGUUUGCAAAUGUUUUCUGUAAUAAAAGAAUAUGUGUGUGCCUCGCU